AUUGCGUGAAAGUGUAACACUGCGUCUGGAGCGUCACGUUAGUUUAUUAUUAUUAUAAAAUAUGUUAUUUGUUAACAAUUAACAGUUGUGUAAUUCCUAUGUCGUGUCUAUCUAAUUCAAAAUUUAAGUAGAUUGAUUCUAUUAGACAUUUAAUUUUCAUCCGGAAUCAUGGUCAAACUUACCACGGAAUUAAUCAUGAAUUCAUACCAGUUUAUAAACCCAGUCAAAGAUAGAGAAUUAGAUUUGAGGGGUUAUAAAAUACCUUUGAUUGAAAACAUGGGUGCAACACUUGAUCAGUUUGAUACAAUUGAUUUUUCAGACAAUGAUAUCAGAAAAAUUGAUGGCUUUGCAUACCUUAAAAGAUUAAAAAAUAUCAUAUUUAAUAAUAAUGCUAUUGUACGUAUAGCAGAUAACUUAGAACAAUGUCUACCAAAUCUCGAAUCUUUAAUACUAACAGGUAACCAGAUUCAAGAGCUUGGAGAUUUAGAUCCUCUUGCUUCACUUCCUAAGUUAAAAAUGUUAAGUCUUUUGCAUAACCCAGUUGCAUCAAAAGAGCAUUAUCGACUUUAUGUAGCACAUAAAAUUCCACAAGUUCGAAUUUUGGACUUUAGAAAAGUUAAAUUGAAGGAAUAUGAAGCAGCUAAAACAUUAUUUAAAGGCAAAGAAGGAAAAGAACUUAAAAAGAAGUUAGUUAAGAAAUCUAAUCAAUUUGUUCCUGGAGAAGGUCUUGAAAACAGAAGAGCAAAUGGUCAUAGCCAAGCAGACAUGUGGAGAAUUCGAAAGGCUAUAUCUGAAGCAUCAUCAUUAGAAGAAGUUGAACAACUUUCCAAGUUGCUUGAAGCUGGGCAAAUUCCUAACAAAGACCAAAAUAAAAAGUCUGUUCCACUAAAUGGAGAAGAAAAUAUUGAAGAAUUUGAUGAUGAUGAUGAUGAUGAUAAUAAUGAAGCACCAACACCAAUGGAAUAGUGGUAGUCCAGUCCUGAUUCUUGUACUGAAGGCUAAAUUUCUCAGUUAAAAUUUAAGAAUAUAUUAUGUUUAAUAUUAAAUCAGUUUAUUAAAAGAUAAGAACAGAUACACUUACUA